AUUUUUUUUUUCUCUCUAAUAUGAAGUGAAUCACAUUGCUAUUGAGAUUAAGUCAACAAUUCUUUUUGUGGAGGCUUAUAAAGCCAAGCCACACUUGCCAUGGGCACAAGCCUUCUCGCUGAAUCUCUCUUUCCCUCGCUUUACUUUGUGACAUAGUUGUUUGCUCCUAAGAAGACAACUAUGAAAAGCCCAGAAAAGGUUGCGAGGAUUUCAAGCUACAGAGGCGUGGCUUUUGAGAUUAAACCUCAUUCAGACUCAUUCGCCGUCCCAACUUCUGUGGUGGUAGAUGGUCGCUCUGGCAGCAACAGGUUUUGGCUUCCUUGGAAUCAGGAUAGCCCUUUUAGAGUACGCUCGUCGGAUUCCUUGGGAAGGAGUAUGAGCAGAAGGAGCAGCCAUUUCUGUGAUCUUGAUAUAGAUGAAAAUGAUUUUGAGGAUGAUUUGAAGGACGUGGAAGAAGGCAAUAUUCAUGAGGAGAAGGAGCAGAAGUUAGUUCCAGUUUCAUUCACUAGUAAACGUGAACAACCAGCAAAAGUUGCGAGACAGCAAGAGUCGAGACUUUCGAUUAUAUUGCUGGAUCAAGGGCUGUUCACAGUCUACAAACAGCUGUUCAUGGUUUGCCUGAUCCUGAACAUUAUUGGUUUGGUUCUUUCAGCCACCGGGCAUUUCCCAUAUGCAAGGCGUAAAGCUGCUCUCUUCUCCAUUGGGAACAUUCUUGCUUUGACACUGUGUCGCAGCGAGGCCUUCUUGCGAGUCGUCUUCUGGCUUGCGGUGAAGGUCUUGGGACAGUCGUGGGUGCCUCUCGGACUCAAGACUGCUACCACAUCCCUCCUCCAAUCUCUUGGUGGGAUACAUAGCGGCUGCGGGGUCUCUUCCGUAGCAUGGCUCGUAUAUGCCCUGGUACUCACACUUCAGGACAGAGAAAACACUUCCCCCGAGAUCAUAGGCGUGGCCUCCACCAUUCUUGCUCUUCUCUGCCUCUCUUCUUUGGCAGCCUUCCCUCUUGUCCGCCAUCUCCAUCACAAUGUAUUCGAAAGGACUCAUCGUUUUGCUGGAUGGACAGCUCUAGCCCUCCUCUGGGCCUUUGUCCUCCUCACAAUCUCUUACGAUCCGAAGUCAAAGUCCUACAGCAAUCAACUCGGCUCUAGGCUGAUGAAACGACAGGAGUUCUGGUCUACAUUAGCCAUCACCGCACUUAUAAUUAUUCCAUGGGUGACAGUGAGACGAGUACCAGUCAAAGUCAGUGCGCCUUCAGGCCAUGCUUCCGUUAUCAAGUUCGAGGGAGGAGUGAAAGCGGGUAUAUUGGGAAGGAUUAGUCCAUUCCCUUUGUCCGAGUGGCAUGCCUUCGGCAUCAUUUCUGAUGGUAAAACAGAGCACAUGAUGCUUGCUGGAGCUGUUGGCGACUUCACAAAGUCAUUGGUUUCAGACCCGCCAAGCCACUUGUGGGUUCGGCAGGUGCACUUUGCUGGGCUGCCCUAUCUCAUCAAUAUGUAUGACAAGGCCAUGAUGGUGGCUACAGGUUCGGGCAUUUGUGUAUUUCUCUCAUUCCUCUUGCAGCCAUGUUCAGCUGAUGUGUGUUUAGUUUGGGUGGCUAGGGGGAUUGAGCACAACUUUGGGAGAGAAAUUAAAGAGAUGGUGAAUAGGUAUCCCAAAGAUAAGGUCAUUGUCCAUGACACUGCCGUGUCGGGUCGACCCAAUGUUGCUCAGUUGAGCGUAGAUGCUGCUAAGAAUUGGGGUGCUCAAGUAGUGAUUGUUACCAGCAAUCCUCAAGGGAGCAGGGAUGUCGUCAAUGCUUGUAAGGCUGCAGGAAUUCCUGCCUUUGGUCCUAUUUGGGACUCCUAACUCCAUUUGGCUUUCGACCUACCCUCAAAUUUAUAAGAUAUGGUCAGGAAUGUGAGUGUUCAGUGUUCAAGACACAGAAGAAAGACACCAAGUCUAAUGCGCUAACAGACCAAAGUCUACAUGUUUGAAAACUAUGUUAUGAAUGUGACCUUUUUGUUUGAUAAUGAAAUUGGAUUGCAAGUA